CUCAUAAUAGGUUCUUAUCAUUUAAUAUAUAUACCUAGGUUUUAUGAUUUAAUGUGAACAUAACACAGAUAUAGGUAAUAAAUUGGAAUCUAAUUUUCUGGUUAGUAUAAUCACGGUCUUGGAUUAUCUUAUAUCUUAAGUCUUAUCUUAAAUUUACAAGCUGGCCAGGCAACGCUGCUCUUUUGUGUUGUUGGUUGUGGGUUCUGCAAUGUUAUCAUACCUACGUGAGCUCGUAAAAUAUAUGAUUAUUAUUAUGUUGUACAACAAAUAUAUAUUAUAAACAAAAAAAAAUCUUGUUGAUAAUAAUUGAUAACGUUAACCGUGAAUAACAACGUUAAUCGGCUAAAUUCGGGCGAUUAGUUCUUAAUCGUGAUUAAGCAGCGAUUACGCUAACCGGACUUGGUGAAAUCCAAAAUCUCCGGUUAGCUGCGUUAAUCGUGAUCGUUAACCAUGAUUAAAUUAGUUUGUGAAAUCAAGUCUAGUCGUCAUAAAGCCACUCGACAACAUAUAACUUUACAAAUAACUAUCCAAUCUAUAGUACUGUAAUCUUGGGAUUCUUAAUAAUCAUGGUUGGUGUCACUGUGUGAACGCCUGGGUCGUGCGCGUACCAGCUCGAAUGAGUGUAAUCGAUUCUGAACCCAACGCCAUCAAUCGCUACCGUUGCCGCAGUUAUUCAAUUUUAUCACUAUCAAUGCAAAUAGUUUUUUGUUGACAUUUUUUGUAUUUUCUGUUCUUAUGUACCUAUAUAAUUCAACGCGUUUUAUGAAAAUUGUGGCUACAGUUAUAAAUCUUGUAAUCAAUGUGACCUCAAGUAAUAAAUAAUUUUACAUUUUUAUUCAUUUAUUGAAUUGUAAUUUCACAUUUUUAAUUAUUAACUCCUUAGUAGAUAUUUUUACUGAAAGUACACUAAGUAGAUAUUUUUUUACUAGAUUAAGGAGAGAAUGUAAACCCCUAUUUCUAUUAGAAUACUUAAGUUUUUCAUUGUUUUGUUUAUUUUAUUUUAGAGAACUGUAGCCUGUAAUAAUCGUGAUAAGGAUUACAUUUACAGUUCAGAUUUAGUGCUCGAUUAUUUUGGUACAGAGGUAUUAUGGCAUCAACAUCCAAAUAUUCAAUUCCAAAUGAACAUAAUUAUAGUAGAUCAUCAAAACAAAAAAACAUUAAACAAGAUAAAAACAAAGAUGGACCAAACAACAUAAAUCUUCCUGAGGCUAAAGUUAAAAAAAUGGUUUGUUAUUGUUAAUUAUAAUUAUAGGUACGGUAAUAUAUUUGUAUAUAAUUCUUGUUUAUUCUCACUCUUAUAGGUCAAGAACAAUGUUAAAAUUCCAAUAGUAAAAUCUGUAGCUGAACAAAAUGACUCUUUGUUUGGUAGAUUAAAAACAAAUAAAGAUUUAAUUACUUUACCAGAAAAUUGGUUUUGUGAAGUAUCCAAGAAUAGUAUACAACUUCCAAUUUCUGUAACUUUCUUCACACUAAAUAAUUCAUGCUUCACUAAAAAAAGAUAUCUAGAAAAACAGUUGGUGAUAAACCUAGGUACAGUACUAAUUUAAUUUAUCAUCAAUUUAGAACAAGUCUAAUUUACUGAAUAUCCUUUGUUUCCAUUUUUUUUUUUUUUUAAAUAAGUGUUUGAUACUGAUUUUGGGAUUGUUUGAAUUUUUUUGUGGAAAUUAUUUAAGAAGUUAGGGAAGUUUGAAGUUUGUCAUAUAAGCAUUAGAAGUGCACCUAGAGACCUAGCGAAGUCACUCAUUUGCUGUGCUCACUUGUAUUGUUUUAAAUGAAAAUCCCCCUUGAUUUGUUGUGCAAUAACCUAAUCUAACUUAACAGGGAAUAAAAUUGAUUGGGGGGGGGGUGAGCCUCUGAGCAAAAUUAAAUUGUUUAAAUUACAUAUAGAGAUUAUAUGCGUGUUUUUCUACAAAAACUGUAAUAACAACAAACUUCUAACUUUCAUAAUUUCUUUAAUAAUGGUUUCUGCAAAAAAAUUCAAACAGUUCUGAAAUCAGUGUCGAAAAAAAUUGGUAUACUAUAUGAUAAUAUCAUAAAUUUAAAUGUUGUAGGUACAUAGGUGUAUUAUAUAAUUAAGAUUUAUUUAAAAUCAUAAGUAUAUAAUAUUCCUUAAAAUUAAAUAAACAGGUAUUGAUUUUUUUUAUAAGUAUUUUUAAUUUGCCCAGCAAUAAUUCUGUAUCUUUUUUUUAAAAUACAAAUAUUUAAAUUUUAAAUGUAGUGAUAAACUUAUAAAUGCAUUGAAUGUAUUUGAACUCACAAUGAAAGUGAUGUCAUAUGUGAUCUACCAAAUUCAUUUUUCUACCAGAGUUCUAAAUGAAACAGUAUUGAAUUCUUGCGUUUAUAAAUUUAUUUUAAUUUUAAUAAAUAUGUAUUAACUAUUAUAUUAGACAAAAAAAAAAAAAAUUAAAGUUAAAAGAUUGUAAUUAUUUUUACAUUUUAUCUAAAAUUAAAAAUAUCUAUUUCAAGUUUUUAAGAAGUCUUUAAAUAUUCUUGUAUUAAUUCUUCUAUAAUAAAUUAUAAUAGUAUUGGAUAAGAACAAAAAAAAAAUUUGAAUAGAAUAAAAUAUUUCCAGUUCUCUAUAUCAGUAAUUCUCAAACUGAGGGUCGCCAAUAUAUAAAUUUGUUGUUUAAAUAUAUGCAUAUAAAUUAUAAACUUUAUUCGAGCCAGUGCAAUAAGUAAAUACUAGUAUUUUUAAAGUAAUGUAUGGUAAAAUGGGUUCAGGUUAAACAAGUUUGAUACUAUAUUCAUAUGGGGAAAAGUCUUAACUUGUUUAUUUGACUAUAAAACCAAAAUAAAAAUAUUUUUGAAUAAUAUAGAAUUACCCCUUGGUGAUUAUUUUGAAAAUAAUAGUUAGCAAACCUAGCUUUUUUUUUUUUUUUUGAUAUAUUUUUUAUUCUUAAUGAUUAAAAUUAGAGUUUACAAGAGAUAUUAAUUUCCAAAAACUUUUUAAGUUGUGAAAUAUUACAUAUUUUGUAUGCUCACAAUUUUCAAAUGAUUUAUUUAAUUUUUCCUUGAAAUAUUGUAAAAUUUAAUAAUAAACCUAUAGGUUUAUUAAAAUCUAGUUAAAAAAAAUGUUAUUUUUAACAAACUUUAAAAAUUUUUUAAAAUUUAAUGAUAUAAUCUAAUUAAUAGUUUUAAAAAUCAACUUCUUUUCUUCUUAGGUACUCUCAGUCAUUAGGACUAUCCUGACAUACAUCCUUGUCUCCAGUUCUCUUUAUCCAAUGCCUGUAUUUUCCAGCCUAAACCUCCUAAUGCUUUCAUAUCAUCACUUACUAUAUCUCAAAUGUGACCUUCCUAGUAGUCCUUUCCCAGUAGGAUUUUCUUCUAUUAUUAUGCAGUGGGUUUUAGCUAUGCUAAGCAUAUCCAGCCAAUUGUACUCUUUUAUUCUUCACCAUUUCCAUAUACUGAGUUUAUGAAAGAGAAUUUCUAAUUCAUCUUAUUUUUUUAUUUCUCUUAUUUCUUAUACUUUCUUCUUAUUUUUUUUAUUAUUUUCUUAUUCUCUACUCACAAUUUAAACAAGCUCAAAAAAUGUUCGCAGUAUUUUCUUCCAUCACUUUUUUUUAAUGGCUAUGUCUCAGUUCUCAGCCCCAUAAGCUAAUACAGGUUAUAUAAAUGUUAUAUAUAAUUAUAUUUUUAAAUUCUUUGAUAGUAAUUGUGAUCCCGAUAAUUUCGAAAAACCAUAGAGACAUUAAUUACCUGACUGAAUUCUUGUCUCUAUUUCGUUUUUGAUUUCAUUUCUUUCUGAUGGUGUAGUCCCUAGGUAUUAGACUUAGAUAAUACAUACUGAAUAGAUCUACAGCAUAGCUGUGCUUAAAGCAGACCUGUUCAGUCUGAUAUAUUUACUGCACAUGUGUCAGAAACGAAAUAGAUAGCACAUGGAUGGUGUAAGAAUCAUAAUCAUUGUUUGUGCAUGUGUAAUUGUAACAUAAUUGAAGUUAUAUACAUUAUUACUCUAUGGUUUAUACCUAAUAUCACAACAACUUUUUUUUAAUGUUGUGUGCAUGUAUAGUAAUGACAUUGGGAGCCCAUUUGUUAUACUUCAAAAUUUUAAAUCAGCUCUAUCCAAUAUAUAUUAUAAUUUGUUUUGUUCUUUUGAAAUUUUAUUUGUUCAUAGUUGGGUAUGAUUUAAUGGUCUCCUCUUCCUAUAAACAUAUUUUCUGCUUUGUCCUCAUUAAUUUGAAAUUCAACUUUCAGUACUGCUUUCUCCAGCUGACAUAACAAAGAUUUUAAUUAGUCUUGUCUCUUCCAUGAUCAUCUGCAUAAUAAGCUAGCAGUCCUAUGGAUAAUUUCUGGAAUUUUGUACACCAAAAACUUUAUUACUUUCUCUACCAUAAGGUUGGUGACAUAGCGUCUCUCUGUCUAAAUCCUGAUUUAACUAAUAUUGUGUUUAUAUUUCCAACCUAAAUUUUUACUAAUGUUUUUAAAUUGCUUAUUUCAAUCAGUUUAAUAUGCUUGUCCUGGAAAUGAAAUUCCCUUAUAAUAUUGAUUAGGCUCUCUGUGUUUGCUAUCUAUCAUGUAUUCUUAACAUCCCUAAAAAGUAUAUGUAUAUCUAUAUUGAAUCCUUAGGUUUUUUGAUAUAUUUGCCUUAAAAUAAAUAUCUGGUCUGUAGUUGACCUUCUUGGCCUGAAGCCACAUUGGUAAUUGUUUAUAACUUGUUCAGAUUUUUAUUUUAUUUAUAAGCCACAUUUAAGAGAGUUAUCCCAUGAUAGUUAUUACAGUUUUGUUUACUUCCUUUUUUUAUGUAUUAAAUAAAUUACCGAUGUCUUUCAUUCUUUUGGUAUUUUUUCUAUUGUCUAAAUCUCAUGAAUUACCUUCCAUAACCACAAAAUCAUAUCUUCUCCCCCUUCCUUUAGAAGCUCUGACUGAAUGUCAUCUUCCCCAGGAGAUUUAUUAUUUUUAGUAUAUUUAUCUCAAUCUGUGAUUUUAUUUCCGCCAAGAACAGUUCUUCACAGUUUUAACAACUUAUCAAAUUAAUUACUCCAUUUCUUUUUCAGCAUUUCAUUUAUAACUCUGGGAGCUAUCAUUAUUAUUUAGAAAUCUUUCUUUUUGUAUUCAUCUCUGAAUCCAUUUACUCGCAUAUAAAUCCCUUCGCUUAACAUAUCCCUAGUUCUGUAUGCUUUAUAGUUGAGUUUCUAAUUUAUUUUGAAUGUAUUUUCCCUUUUCGUAUCAUUAUACUGCUGACUUCAUGUUUGGUGUCAUUUAACCAUUCUUGUUUUGCUAGUGCUUUACUUAUAUUUUCUUUAACAUUUUCCUAUGUUUUACCUACAUUCCCUUCCAUACCUAGCUGCUUACUUUUAAUAAUACUGUGAAAACAUUUUGCAUACUCUUUACAUAAUGGUUUAUCCACUAACUUAGCUAUACCAUUUUAUCUACUCUAUUUGUUAAGAUUACAUUUUUUAUACAAUGGAUUCCGUUGAAUGUGGGCAGAAGUAACUGGUUCCAACAUGCCCACAUUAAACUGACUCCACUAUAUUUCAUACUACAUCAACAAUUUGUUUAAAACUGUUAUAUUAAAUUUUAUUAAAAAAAAUCUAAAUUUAUUUAUUUUUGUUUUAUAAUAAUACAAUAUUUAAACUACAAUGCAGAGUUCAAGCAAUUAUAACAACAACAACAACAAAAAAAAAAAAAUUACAUUUGCUAAAUAUUUGUCCUAUUAUGCCUUGUAUGAUAUAUAUUACUUAUUUAAUAUUAUGUACUAACUAAUUAUACAUUUUAAAUGUGUACCUUUGUUUUAGAUUCUGAAAUAACUUUUGUUGUGAAUGGAAAAAAUUUAAUUCCAUCAGAAUUCGGUUUGAAAACGUACACUAAACCUAUUGAUAUUGAAAGUUUACAAAGUUUCAUUCAGGAAUUUGACAGUAUUAAUAUCUGUCAAGGAAUGACAAAACAAAAUGUAACACUUGUUAAAUUAAGAGUAAUUGAGUCUAAUGAGCGCUGGUGGCAUCCAAAUUGUUCAAAUACUCCAGCAAAGAAAAGGUAUAAACUUAGAAUAUUGUAUACAAUUGUUGAUUUUGACUCAGUUUUUGUAUAUGUGUAAAACAUAUUAUAAAAAUAAUAAAAUGUUUUUUAUAUUUUAGCUUUCUUUGUUAUUCUUGUAAGAUAUUGAACUCUAUUAUAUUGCAAGUAAUUGGUCAACAGAGAAAUCAUCAGCAAAAACCUCUGCCUAUAGACAGUUCUAUUCCCUCAAUAAAGAAAAGUAAUAUAAUAGAACCAAAUCAAAUUCAAAUUAAAAGGGAAAUUCCAGCCAAAGUAAGGAAAAUUAUCAAAACAACUCAUACAUCAAUACAUGAACAUGGAUCAGAAUCAGAAGACUCAAUAUGAUGGCAUAACAAAAUAACAAUAUGUCAGUGAACUGUUUAUGUAUGAAUAAAUCUAAAAUCAGUCACUCCACUGCUGUGGUAUAAAUAUUGCAAACAUUUCUGUACAGGUAUGAACAUGUUCAAUAUAAGUGUUGACAGUGAGAGCAGUUUACCAUCUACUGUUUUGAUUAAAUAUAAACUUAACUUAUAUAUUCAGAUGGAACAUUCAGUAUGUUAACAAUAACUCGGAUUUUGUAGCACUAAAAAGUAGUAGUGAAAUAUAUUCUAAAUGUAAUGACUGAAAAAAAACUUUUAUGUAAAAAUAAUGAUUGACAAUUUUUUUUAUUUUGUAUUAAUAAUGUUUUAGUAAUUUUAAAUGAGUAAAUUAUAAAUUGAUGUAUAAUUAAUUGGUUACUAAAUAAAACUUUAAUGUAACUAUUCAAAAUUAUCACACAUAAAUCGUUACUUUUUUUCUAAUAUUUUUAUUCUAAUUAAACAAUAUUUUUGAUAAACACAAAAUAAAUUUUACUUAAUGCGUAUUAGCAACAAAUAGUACCAAAAAUUGAAAAAUUCUUAAAUAUAUUUUAAUAUUAAAUUGUAUAUUAAUUGUAUCCCAUUUCAAUUAGCAAAUGUUAAAGAAUCCGAAACAUAAUAGUUUAUGAAAGUGGAUAGAGAGUUCUUGAAGGAUUAAAUGAAAAACCAAAGUCAGACUUUCCUCACCUAUCUGAAUCUUUAGAAUAAUGCUCUGUCUAAAUUUAUAAGCGUAUAGAUGUGUAUCAGUUUGUGUGCAACAGGUCCAUUAACUUAUUUUUAUCAGGUGUUUGCUUGCUGAAGUAAUUUUAGUUGCUUUUUUAAUAGGUUAUUUGAAGUUUUGAAUAAUUAUUAUCAUAAUAAUAAGCUAUUAAAAUUCUGUCAAAUAUUUUGAACAAAUUGUUAUUGAAUAUUGACUUUUGUUGGUUACAUCAUUUAUAUUUAUUAAUAUGUUAUUAUAUUUUUAAUUUUUGCUAAUUUUUAAAAUUGCACAAUAUAUGUUUAUUAUUUGGUUUCGAUCAAAAUAAAAGAAAACAUUUUUUCUUUCAAAAAUGAAUGGUUGAAAUUCCUCUCAGUUAAAGAUCUAUAAUAAUUUAUUGUCAACUUUUUUUUUAUUUUCUGAACUAAUGCCUAAUGUAGUACAUCCUAAUUUUUCUGCAAAGAAACUAUUAUAAUUUAAUUUCAAUACUGUAAAGUUAUGAUACCUCAUAGUACGCAUCUACAGACAUGCCACAUUAGUUUACUAGUUGGUAGAUGGAAUUGAUUCUUAUGUCAAACACAACAUUGCAUAUAACUGGGAGGUGUCUAAUCACUACUAUGUACAUUUGCUUUUUACUGUAUGUUCCUAUAUUAUUUCUUUUUGUGUCAAAAUGGCCAUUUAAAUGUUCAUCUCUUAGUGUGUUUAUUCAAUGCUACUCUUGCCAAAUUCUUAAUCUAAUUGUAAUUUAGAAUUAAUUUUUAUUUCUAUUUAACCUAUUUAAAAACAUAAUAUAUAUUCAUUAAUAUAAGUAAAAUACACUUGUUGUUUAACAGAGGACUGCUGUUUACUAAAUGAUUUGCUGUGUGCAUAGGGAUCCAUAUCAAGACUGUGCUAUCAAAAAAAAAUGAACAGCAGGGUUGAAAUUUAAAUUAUGCUUCAGUGUGUCUGUAGAUGAGUAUAGGAAUUAUACCUUAAGAAAUGUUAAGUUAAGUAGUUUUUACAAAUAAUAAUUAUGUGUAUAAAAAUAUAAAAUAUAAGUAUUCAUAGAUAUUGUAUAUAUAUAAAAAAAAGAAAAAAUUAUUGGCCCAUUCUUUAAGAUGUAAAAACUUGCAUCCCUUUGUAUCUGAAAUUGUCAUUAGUUUAUAUUAUUAACAAUCAGAAUCCAAUAUAUUAUAUUAAUUUAUUUAAAUAUUUAAUGUGUAAAAUAUUUGUUUAAAAUAUUUAUUUAUUUAAAAUAUCUGCUGUUUGUUUUUUAUUAGUUUUGUUUGAAUAAAUUAUUACAUUUAAGGAUUUAUAUUUAGAUCCUGAGAACAAUUUUAUAGUGUUGAAAAUUCUUUUUCACUUCAGCUUUACUUAAAAGUUUUUGAAUUUAAUACAACUGCAUAUAUUUUAGUAUUUAAACAAUGUUCAAUCUUAAAAUAGUACACUGGGU